UAAUCCAUUGGAGAGACUGUACAUACCUUGACGAAAUAUGAUGUCCAAGGUGGCUCAUGGCAUUGCUUUAAAUAUGCGGUCAAGACUUCCGAGGCUCGAGGCUUCAGUAAUAGGCGGACUCCUUCGAAAAAAGAGCGGAAGCACCCCGCUGACGGAGGACGGAGGCUUCAAAGAGUCCUCGGUGGCCAACGAGCAGUUGCUUACCUACGAGCUUGGGUCCGAUGAGCGCAGUGACCUUGAGUACGCCCUGCUGGGUGUCCUUAAUCGAGUAGAGCACGUGCCCAUUGUGAUUAAAGGCCAAGAGUUCCCCGCCAACCAAGAGCUCCAGCAGGUCCUGCCCUACAACUUCAAGCAGCCCAUUGCUCGCUAUGGCCACGCCCACAACGUCCUCAUCAAUUUGGCCAUCGACGAGAGUCUAGAGGCGCAGGCGAAAUGGGACAAGACCAGGCUAAGCGAUAGGAUUCAAAUCUGGGAAAAGGCAGCGACGCUGAUAGCCGGCAGGUAUCGCACCGACAUCAUAGCAGCCACAAUGCUGGGCCAGGGCAAGACCCUACGUCAGGCGGAGGAGGAUGUGGCCGAGUUGGUGGACUUGAUGCGGAUCAAUCCAAUCCUUCUGCGAGAGCUGGCCAACUACGAACUGAUCAAUGAUUCAUCGGAAGCCUGCUGGAAUUUUAUGCGGCUAAGAGGACUUACAGGAUUUGUGGCUGCCAUCAGUCCUUUUAACUUCACGGGUUUAGCCGCUAACCUGGCUUUUGCACCCGCUCUGAUGGGCAAUACGGUGGUGUGGAAGCCCUCCGAUUCGGCCAUUCUGUCCAACUAUUUCGUUUUCGAGGCAAUGCGGGAAGCUGGUCUGCCCGAUGGAGUUGUGAACUUUGUGCCAGCCGAUGACUCGACCUUUGCUGAUGUGGUGACACAGCACUCACAACUGGCGGGGAUCAACUUCACGGGCACUUCAACGGUGCUAAAAGUUCUGUGGCAACUGGUGGCCUCGAAUCUGAACUUUUACCAGAACUAUCCCAGAUUAGUUGGCGAAGGUGGAGGCAAGAAUUUCCACUUUGUACAUCCUUCGGCGGAUCCCGACACAGUGGUUGCCUGUACAAUAAGAUCGGCCUUUGAGUAUGCCGGCCAGAAGUGCUCUUCCUGCUCGAUGUUGUAUGUCCCGGAAUCGCUGUGGAAGGAUGAUAUAAUGGAGCCACUGCUCAAUACCACCUCCUCCUUGUGCGUCGGUCAUGCCACCUACUGUGACUGCUUCUGUUCGGCGGUGAUAAAUCGCAAGGCCUAUGACCGCAUCUACAUGUGGCUGAGAUACAUCGCCCAGAGCCCAAGCUGUAAGUUCCUUGCCGGAGGGACAUGUGACAAGAAGCAGGGUUACUUUGUGGAUCCCACGGUAGUGCUGGUCAAUGAUCUGGACAACAUUAUCUGUAGAGAGGAGCUGUUGGCCCCCAUUUUGGGUGUCUACGUGUAUCCCGAUAACAAGAUCGUGGAGACCAUGGCCAAGGUAGCGGAGAUCAAUCAUGGACUGACUGGAUCAGUUUUUGCCAAAGAUCAGGACUUUAUAACGCGGGCCUACGAGGUCUUCCGUUUCAAUGUGGGAAACCUAAUUGUCAACGAUAAAUCCACUGGUUCUAUGGUGGGACAGCAGCCAUUUGGAGCGGGUCAUAUGACCGGCACCAGCGAUAAGUUGGGAAGUCCAUAUUCCCUGCUGCGGUGGACCUCACCGCAGGUCAUCAAGGAGUCAUACAAGCCGCAUGUGAAUAUCUACCAUCCCUACAUGCAGGUCAGUGAAGCGGUUCAGGAACAAGGAGCAGAUUUGAUGGAACAAGAAGAUAGUAACGAGAAAAUUGAAAAGGUCACUAGCGAGAUGAAGCGCGAUGAGAUGUAUUUGGGAGACAACUCCCUGGAGCCCAUUACUGGGGAUAGCAAGACCAAAUAAUAGGGUAUUUUGAAUUUAUACCAUCAUAAUAUAAUUCAAAAUUUGUGUCGUACUAAAUUCAAUAAAAAUGAAAAAAUAUUUAUGUA